AUGGCUGACGCUGUCCCCUCGCCUGUCGCCGACGUCACGGCAGCCCACGCCACCUCCGUCUUCACCCCCAUCAAUCUGCUGCUUCUCUCGCUCUUUGGCUUCCUCGUCUAUCUCCGCCUCAAGCCCUCGACGCCCCAGACGCUCCCUCGCGCCCCGCCGCCAACCGUCUUCCGCACCUUCACCCCGCCCUCGCUGUUCCCCUACAAUGGCCUGAACAACAUGCCCGUCUAUCUCGCCGUGCGCGGCCGCGUCUUCGACGUCACCCCCGGCCGCAACUUUUACGGCCCCGGCGGUCCCUAUGCCAACUUUGCCGGCAGGGAUGCCUCGCGCGGCCUGGCCUGCGGCAGCUUCGACGAGGAAAUGCUGACCAAGGACCUCGACGGCCCGCUGGAUACCCUCGAGGGCUUGGAUGCCGAGCAGAUGGAUGCCCUGCGCGGCUGGGAGGAGAGGUUUGAGGAAAAGUAUCUUGUCGUGGGCAAGCUGGUGCCCGUGGGCCACCCGGAGGCCGAGGACGCAAAGGCCUAG